AUGAACUCCACCUCCCCAGCUGACUCCGGCGGCUUUCUGGGUUCCAAUUCCAUCGGCGGAUUCGGCUACGGCAUCGGUGUUUCCGUUGGAAUCCUCCUCCUCAUUACAACCAUCACCUUAGCUUCUUACUACUGCACCAGAACCCACCAGGAAUCCAGCCAUAGCUCGUCGUCGACGACUCAGCAGAGGGUCACGACGGACACCCAGAUGGCCGGAGAUUUCGUCAUCGACGUCGGGCUAGAUGAGGACACCAUCAAGAGCUACCCGAAGGUGGUGUACGCCGAGGUGAAGUUACAGAAGGCGGAUUCCACGGCGAGCUGCUGCUCGAUUUGCUUGGCGGAUUAUAAGAGCAGCGACGUGCUGAGGUUAUUGCCGGAGUGUAAGCAUCUGUUUCACGUCAAGUGCGUUGACCCAUGGUUGAGGAUGCAUCCAACUUGUCCUGUUUGCCGGACUUCGCCGAUUCCGACGCCCGUGUCAACGCCUCUCGCCGAGGUGGUUCCCUUGGCGAUUACCACCAGAAAUUAG